GCAAGGAGGACAAGAAGGCGGAGCAGGUGGGCUACGCCGCCUUCAAGCAGUUCUGCGAAGACACCGAGACCGAGACAUCGCGCAACAUCGAGGAGGCCGAGAUGAAGAUCGAGACCCUGAAGGCCGACAUCGAGAAGUUCAAGGCCGAGGCGGCGCGCCUGAAGGAGGAGGCCGACCUGCUCGACGGCGACAUCGCCGCCUGGACGGGCGACGAGGCGGCCGCCACCAAGGUGCGCGACAUGGAAAAGGCCGCGUACGACGAGCUGCACCAGGACUACUCGGAGUCCAUCUCCGCACUGGAGCGAGCUAUUGCAGUUCUCAAAGCAAAGGCGCACGACCUGCCCCAGGCGUCCCUGGCGCAGGUCUCGGCCCUGCAGGAGCGGAAGCUCAUCCCCGAGGAGUCCAGGAGGGCCCUCGCCGCCUUCCUGCAGGAGGGCCAGGCGCCGGAGGCGCCGGACGCCAUGGGCUACGAGUUCCAUGCCCACGGCAUCAUCGAGAUGCUGGAGAAGCUCCUCGACAAGUUCCAGGGCGAGCGCACCAGCAUCGAGAACCAGGAGUCGAGGGAUCGGUGCCUGCGCAUCUUCGUUGGAGCCAGGGUGCCCACCUCUCGGGGUGCCCUGUGGGCGCCUUUCCACGUCCAGACCAGCUCGUGCGCGAGGGGCGGCGGCGGAAGCGGCAGCGAGAGCGACGAGGACGAGCAGAUUCCAGAUUCCGACGGAGUCGAGACCACAGAUGACGCGGAAACGAAGCCACGGAGAACAUGGGACCGAGACCACGGGGUGCACGGAGCGGGAGUCGCGAGGAACAUGGGGGAGCACGGGGCCGAGGGCACGGGGGACACGGGACCGACGCCACGGAGGACACUGAGGACAUGGGAGCGAGGCCACGGGCACUGCGGGGAUCGCGAGACCGAAGCCACGGAUGACACGCGACCGCUGCCGCGGAGGGCCAGGGGACAGAGGCCAACGGAAGUCACGGUGGCGGCCGUGGUGGCCGUGACGGUCGCGGUGGCCGCGGCGGCCGCGGCGGCCGUGGUGGCCGCGGCGGCCUUUGGCCACCCGCUAUGCUUCGCCUGA